GAACCGGUCAGCCCUGCGGCCGUCCUGUGCAUCUUCAGUGGACCGGGAAAACGGUGCGAUGCCAUCCCAAGACACCGGUGGCGGUUCCGUGGUUUGAAAUGGACGCAAAGGCCCGUGCUGUCAAUGCGCCGUUGCAGCUGAAGUCUCUCUCUCUCUCUCUCUCUCUCUCUCAUCCAUCCUCUCCACUUGAUUCGUUCAUUUAUUACACGAUGAAGACAUCCAUCCCCCUCUCCGCACUUUUUCCAACGCCUUUGCCUGCGACUCCCAAAACCACCACCAGCAGCGAACAAACUCCCAUAAGCCUCCGCUGCUGCCACUAUAAAUCCACUAUUAUUUUCCUUUCGGGAAUAAAAAUGGCAACUGGGAGACAGAAGCAACCGAGGUAGGGUCAUGAUUUGUUCUGUACUUUGCUCGCUUUUGCAGAAGGGUUCAGGAAGUAAAAAAACCCACCCACCUCCCCACCCACACGCAAUCCUAUAUUAUUAACACGCUCCUCCCCGUCAUAAAGGCACUCCGAUGCGACAAACCGGCAGCCUUAAACCUCGCAGCACGCUCGCAAGCACACCGCUCCUCUCUCCCCCCCCCCCCCCCCCCGUCCCGGAAAAGCUACUAUAUUUCAGCAAAAAAAGAAGCAGCUAUUAUGCAAGCUUAUUAGGCUCAAAACUUUGCCCAACCGGAGAAGGGCGGAACAGGAUUAGGUGGUCGUAAAGGUUGCCCUGGACAAGCAAGGCUGGGCUCGGCUAUAGAAGUAGAGAGGGAGCCGUGCUCGAUUUUGUUUCACUUCCUUUUGCUCUGCUUUGCAUCAUUCUCGCUCUCUUUUUCACCUCCUCUUCUUUGGCCUCCCAUUGGUUUAGAUGUGGGAUGGGUGACCACAACCGCAACAGCAUCCACCUCAACAGGAGCAGCAGCUGGUCAUUUUCUGGUCCCUCUCCCUUCUCCACUUCGUCGUCGUCGUCGUCGUAUACUGGUCAGCACUGUCAGCGACAGGGCCUCUCCUCCUUGCUAGGCCACAUCUCUCCUCCGGGUUGCUCCUACUCCUCGAUCGCUCGGGCGGCGGCGGCGGCGGCGGCGGCGGCUCCGAUGCCCUUUCCUCCCGCCGGCCCCGGAUGCUCCCUCCUCCAGGGCCCCGGGAAGCCACCGGAGCUGGAUCAUGAAGCCCGUGAUUCUGAGAGCGAGGAAGGUGCGGAGGAGGCCGAGGAGCCCGCGAAGCCGGUCCCGCCUCGGGGUUCCGGCUCCAAGAGAAGCAGAGCUGCCGAGGUUCACAAUUUGUCCGAGAAGAGGAGGAGAAGUAGAAUCAACGAGAAGAUGAAAGCGCUGCAGAAUCUGAUUCCCAAUUCUAACAAGACUGACAAAGCUUCCAUGCUUGAUGAGGCCAUUGAAUAUCUCAAGCAGCUGCAGCUCCAAGUACAGAUGUUGUCAAUGAGGAAUGGUCUAAAUCUACAUCCCGUGUACCUAUCUGGGGCGUUACAACCUUUGCAAACUUCCCAGAUGUGCAUGGGAUUUGGUGCAGAUAAUGGCACGGCAAUGAAUAUCGGAGUAGGCAUGCUGCCCUUGAACCAAGAAUCAGCUGCUCGGGACUCAUUUGAUCUAUCAAACCGGCCCGCAUCUUCCCAUCAAUCUAUAGUCAUUCCCAGUGUAACAAAUAUCACAAAUCCAGAAAAUUCCUUUGGAAUGGAGCCAUCACAGUCUCACCAGGGCUCCUUUCAGUUGCCAGUAUCUGCAGAGGAGAUAUACACAGAAGACAUGGUAGCAAGGCAGCAAUUAGCUGCAGAUCAGACUAUGAGGAACCUGCCAGAGAAUGAGAUGAAGUGUUUGGCUGUGGCUGCUUCACAACAUUUUAGUGGGCAAUCAUCAUCGUUGGCAGAUACUGGCGAUUUGGAGGAUUGUGUCAUAGGUAGAGAAAGACCAGAAAAUAUGCCAUCCAAGGACCCAGAUAACCCGAUACUUAUUCAGCAUUUCCAUGGCUUACAGACUGGAAGCGGUUUUCCCAGCACUGAUGCAAAGGAAGAACUACAGCAUUUUUGAAGCUCACCAUUAUGGCCUCGGAAUGCUUCCAUGACCGCAAACUAUAUGAUGAAACAAAAUAUACUCAUCUCUCUUGAACUGCCGAUGUAUUUAUGUCUAAAUUUAACUUUGGACAUGCAUUUGUAUUUUGAAAUCACAUUCCUUCAGCACCAUGCAGCACAAAGUCUCGCCUGUUGGCGAAGCAAUCUCUGUCUGCUGCAAGGAAGGAAAAAGGUAAUCUGCAUGAAGAAUGGAUCAAUUUUGGAUCGAAAAUAUACUUGAAAGCAAUAUGAGUAUGUUGGCAAUGUAGUAGUUGAUAUAUCAUUUGAGGAAAAACCAGGCGUUUUUUUUUAUUU